AUGAACGGUAAUCCGAACGUAAAUGGUGGUGCAGCGGGAAGUUUAAUGCCCAACUCCAUGGCUAUGAAUAGUGGUAAUGCAUCCUCGAACUCCAAUGCUAACAAUAGAAACCACUUUGGAAUGUCCAUGGUGCCCCAGCCAACAUUGAUGGCUUCGAAUUCCAUACUAACGGUGGGCCCCUACAAGCAUAGAAAAGAUUUAACUAGAGAAUCUGUUCUUUCAAAGUAUCAGAUCAUUGGCUACAUUGCCGCUGGAACCUACGGGAAGGUGUACAAGGCCAAAUCGAAGAAGCCACAGGAGAAAGAGGGAGACGAGGUGAAUGGCUCGGAAGCUUCAAAUACAGCAUUGUACAAUAGGAAUGAAAUGAACCAAACGGCAGGCGACGGUACCAACCAUGUGAAUGGCAACAAUGUGAAUUCGUUCAAUGCAUCCAACAACCACCCAGGAAACAACAGCUCUACAGCAAAUUAUAAUCCAAUAUCUUCUCUUCAUUUGAACCAGCAUCAUGUCAGUCACCAUCUUAAUCCACACUACGGUCAUAACAAGAGUCAGAGCCAAAAUCCAAGCCAGAAUCAACCCCAAAACAUAAACCAACAGCAGAGUCUGUUUCAAACACCGGCUCAACCUCUGACUCAACUACAGGCACACCUUCAGGUACAGACGCAGGCGCAUGGCCAAGCACAGGGUCAGCAACUGUCUAAUACAGCCAACCAACUACAGCAGGGGCAAUUACAAGCUCAAGGCAGGUCAAUUACGACGGAUGCUAAUAGUCAAGCGCAAGAUCAGACUAUGAGAUUGAAUCAACACCAUCAGGUGCCAGGCUCAUCGUCCAUUACUGAUUCUAACUCUCAAACGAAGCAAGAUGGAGACAAGUCUACUGGUGAACCUGGAGAGCAGCUCUUUGCUAUAAAAAAGUUCAAGAACGAUAAUCAUCUGAGCAAUAAGUCAUACAACCACGAUAUUAAUGGUAACGAAAUUAUCCAUUACACUGGUAUAUCUCAGUCAGCUAUUAGAGAAAUGUCCAUAUGUAGAGAGCUCAACAACAAAAAUAUUACGAAAACUAUGGAUAUUUUGCUUGAAAACAAAUCUAUUUACAUUGUGCUGGAAUUUUGUGAACAUGACUUGUUGCAAAUUAUUCAUUACCAUUCCCACCCAGAGGUGAGACAGAUUCCAGAGAGGACCACAAAGUCUUUAAUAUGGCAAAUUUUAAACGGUGUAUUAUUCCUCCAUAAGAAUUGGAUUUUCCACAGAGAUCUAAAGCCAGCAAACAUUAUGGUAACUUCUAACGGUGUGGUGAAGAUAGGAGAUUUGGGGUUAGCAAGAAAAUUCAAUAACCCACUACAGAGUUUAUACACCGGCGAUAAGGUUGUUGUCACUAUUUGGUAUAGAGCUCCUGAGCUAUUACUAGGGACCAGGAACUAUACACCAUCUAUCGAUUUGUGGGCGGUUGGUUGUAUCUUGGCAGAAUUGUUGUCGUUAAGACCCAUAUUUAAAGGUGAGGAAGCAAAGAUGGACAUCAACAAUAAGAAACUGGUUCCCUUUCAAACGAACCAAUUCCAAAAGAUUGUGGAAAUUUUAGGGACACCGACCCCUGAACAGUGGCCAUCUUUAAAUAAGUAUCCAGAGUAUGUGUCCUUUAAACAACAAUUGCCUAAUAACUAUAACCCAAAUUUAGCCACAUGGUACAAAACUGUGGGAGGACAGAACAAAUCCUGUCUUUUGUUGUUGAAGGGGUUACUAGAAUACGACCCCAUAGAAAGAUUGACUGCUGAAAAUGCAUUGGUUCAUCCCUACUUUUUAGAGCAGCCAAAAGUCUGUGAAAAUGCAUUUGAGGGCCUCUCAUACAAAUACCCCAAGAGAAGAAUAUACACGGAUGACAACGACAUCAUCAGUGGAAUGCAAGGAGGAAAGAGGCAUGGAUUUGAUGAGUCCAAGAACAGAAAGAGGCAAAGAUAA